CUUAUAAUUUAGGUCGGUGAGAUUACGUGAUAGAAAAACAGAUGAACUUUAUCCUAAAUGAAUCAUCCGAGAAAAGACUCUGGAGCAAAUCAAAUAACCCUAAUUACAAACUUAGAUACUUUGUAAGUUAAUUUCUUAAUAGAGUACAAAAUCAAAAAUUCUAUUACAUUGCCAAACGACACAACUUUUGCACAAUUAGCAAUUUUCCAACUCCAACUUGUAACGUGGGGCGCGGUUAAAUUUUCCCUUAUAUAUACUCUUCUCUUACCACUUUGUCUUCACUACUUCACUUCACAUCCAUUUUUUCCAUCACUCUAAAAAAAAAAAAAUUGCCCAACUUCCCAAAAUUCCUCACAAAUUUCUCAUUUGAACAACAAAAAUCAAUUAACCCUUUAAUUUUGUUGAUUAAUGGGAGAUAAUUAUGCUACAAAAUCAAUGGGGUUUCUCCAAUUUGAACAAUUAAUCCCUGGUUUACCAGAUGAUUUAGCAAUGGAGUGUCUUUUAAGAGUACCCAUUACUUCUCAUCCUUCCCUUAGAUUAGUUUCUCAUCUAUGGAAGUCUACUGUCUCUCAUCCUUCUUUUUUCUCGAAUCGCCGCCUCGCUCGCUUCGCCGAAAACCAUGUGUUUCUUAUUCAGCCACAGUCGCCUCCGCCGCCGUUACCGGUGGCUGAAGAUAAAAGUUUACUUGAAGAAUUUGAAUCCGAUGAUAGUAACAAACAAGUUGUUAAUGGGAGUCCACUUCUUUACAAUCUGAAUGUCUUUAACACUAAUAAUGAUGAAUGGCGUUGUUUAGCUGGGGUUACAAUCCCUACAUUUUCGCAGUGUGUGGUUUUGCCGGCGGUGAGGAAGUUGGUCGUGUUGGGCGGGUGGGACCCGGCGACGCUGGAGCCAGUCUCGAGGGUGUUGGUUCUGGACCUCGCCGUUGGGACGUGGAGGGAGGGGUCUCCGAUGCCGACGGCGAGGUCGUUCUUCGCCUGUGCGGCGGCAGGGCCUUCCACGGUCUACGUCGCCGGAGGGCACGACGGACAGAAGAAUGCCCUCCGAUCGGCGGAGGCCUACGACGCUGUGGCCGACAAGUGGAAGGCCCUGCCGCCUAUGGCUGAAGAACGAGACGAAAGCUACGGACUGUCCUUAACAAAUGAGGAAAAGUUCUGUGUUAUAAGCGGAUACGGGACUGAAUCUCAAGGGAGAUUCAGGCCCGAUGCCGAAGUAUUCGAUCCAGAGUCGAAUACUUGGGAGAUUGUUUCCGGGGUAUGGCCGUAUCCCGGAAACAAUCCCAAAUCUACCGCCGUUGUCACGGUAGAAGGACAACGGCGGUGGUGGUACGUCCUUGAAGGGGAAAUAAAAGAAUUCCAAUGGGAGGACAAGGUGUGGAAAGGGUUGAAUCUAGGUUCAAUUCCGAAACGAGUAACGGAGUUAUGGUCAUCUUCAUCAUCGGUGUCUUUGAUUGAUGUUGGAAAUGGUAAGAUUUUUUUGAUGGGAAAUGGGGAGAAUUGUGGUGGGGAAGGGAUGUUCAUCUUGGAGAGAAAAAAUGUGGAUAAUAACAACAACAACAAUAAUAACAAUUGCAAUAAAGGUCAAGGUGGAGUUAAUUGGAGAUGGCAACAUGUUCAUGCUCCUCCUAGAUUUUUUGGCUUCCCCUUCUCCGCUUCUCACCUUCUUAUCUAGGUUUACAUUGCUAUUUAUCGAAUAUGUAACGAGUUUAUUACGAGUUUAACUUAUCGUCGAGGUGAAAGAUGGUCGAGGAUUAUUGUUGCAAAUCAAGUUCGGCCAAAGCUUUUAGAGUUGAGGAAAAAAAAAUUGUCCAUACAAAUGUUUUAAUGAAGUACAUGUUAUUAUGUUACUCCGUGUCUAAUACGGAUGUUUGAAUAUUGUAUAAAUCUAGGCAAUGAGCGGUUUACAAUUCUUAA